AUGCUCAGCUCAUCGCCUGCUUAUAGCUCAACCUGGCCUCGUUCAGCGUGCGCCGCAACUGUGGCUUCCAGGAAUUUUUCACCGCCAAAUAAGCGUUUUGGUCACGUGACGCACCGUGAUAACUUCGAAUCGACCGUUUUAUGGCCCAGGCAGCGGUUUGAGCAGGCUGAAGGGCAGGUUGGGCGGUCCCGGUGGCCUCCAGAAGGGUGUCGGCGGCAGCUGGGAGGUCAAUCGCUGCCGUGUGUGCCGCUGGAGGCUCUUUUGCCCGGCGAUGAGGGCUUUGGCCGUAAGUACGGCAGUCUGAAAUUUGGCGAACUGCAGGACUAUACAGGGAUUGAUGAGCACAGGACGGAGAGAAUAGAGGACUGGUGUCGAGUUAGGGAUCGGAAUCGCUGCGGAACAGGUUGGAAAGUGCGGAUUAUGAGUAUGUGGAGUUUUUUCGGGGCUGAAACGGGCUUUGGAUCGUGUUUGAGCAAGAUUUACUGA